GUAAGGUUUAGUCACCUGUCACCUUCCCGUGGGCACCACCUGGCUCACCUGCACACAAGGAGUAGCAGCUCUCACCCUCAGAUGCAUCGUGUGUCACAUGCGCGAUGAUGACAGCCGAGAAGCUUUCUAUUGUAGUGUUUGAGGAUAUCUUUGUCCGUGCAUAUCAGAGAAGAGUCUCGAUCAAUCACGAAUGAAAGUGUGGAGUCGAAGGAACACGGCAUCUCAAUAUUACAGGCGACGGGCGGCUCUGUGCUGGGAUAUAAGUCGUUUCUGUUCCCCUGUCUUCGCUGUUGCUUGCGUACCACCAAGGGGAACGCAUGGAUUCCCCUCACUCGACUCACUCCGCCCUCUCCUUCAUCCACGCACUCGCCCUCCCUCUCACGGCCUCACUAUGCAUGGAAAAGUAGUGGUUUGCCUCCUACUGGUUCUACUGGAUUACUUUGCCGUGGGGAGUUUCGUCAGCGACAUAGGAGGGAAAAUUAACGAGUCUGCAGAUACUACUGACGAAGAUCUGGCGAAGGUCAUGUACUUGCUGGCAGAUGAGUACACGCCUCAGUGCCUGUGGGUGGUGGUGAGUGACAGCUCCUUACACCAGCAGCCCUGGAGGCACUCAUACCUUGCUCUUGAUCCCAAAGACGGGAAGAGUACUAUUGACUACAUCAACAAAAACACAGAACGAGUGACUCUCUUCUCGUGUUUCACCUUCCUGAUGACACGCCCUCCUGAUUCAAGCCUCAUGCCGCUCCUCACAGACUCCUCCAACAUGCAACUCACACGCUACUUCAUCAUACAGUUCCCCAAUGAGUCUGAGGCACAUGAUCUCCUUCUCGACAAGCGACUGAUCGACGAAGAAAACGUGGCGGCUUUAGUGAAGACCAACAACAGGGAAGUCUCAUAUAGGGUCAUGAUUCGCCAGCUGUUCCACUCGUCAGGGUUCACACAGGUGCUCUUCAUUAACGGGUGGGAGAAGGGGAAAGGGUUCGAUAAUAGUGAAGAUAUUUUCCCAGAACAAAUGAAAAACUUCUACGGGACGAAGAUGAGGGGCGUGACGCUGGACUUCCGCCCCUUCACGGACUACUCCAAGGUGCGCGGCUCCAGGGUGGUGGUUCCUAAGCCAUCCCUGGACGUGUUCAUGCUGGAGGUGAUUGCAGACAAGCUCAACUUCACCUACGAGUUGGUGAUGCCUGAGGACGGAUUAUGGGGCUAUCUGAGGGACGACGGCCACUGGGUUGGUGUCGUCGGGGAUGUUGAGUUUCGAAGAGCCAACUUUUCCCUUGUCCUCUCCUUGACCCUCGAGCGAAUCUUCAGCGUGGACUUUACCAGGAUUUACUACAACGAUCCUCUGAGCUUCGUCACUGCCAAGAGCCGCCCGAGUCCUCCUUGGCUUAAGCUCAUCAAGCCUUUUAGCAGUGGAGUGUGGCUGUUGGCUCUGUUCUCUAUUGUGACUGCAGUCAUUCUCUACUACAUCAUAUACCGAGCACAGGCCUUGCUGGGGACCCAUUACCUGGUGCCCUCUAGAGCCUUCAUGCACAUAUUCGGCUCCUUCGUCAAUCAGUCCCUCUUCACUAUCCCCUGGCUCUCCUCCGGCAGGGUGUUUCUAGGGUUCUGGCUCUUGUACGGCCUGCUCAUCACUACCUACUACAAGACCUCCCUGACGGCGGCCCUGGCGGUGCCCUUCGUGCCUCCAACCCUCGACACACUCCAUCAGCUCAUGCGUUCCAAUCUAAAAUUCGGAAUGAUUGACGCAAAGGGCUCGGAGUACCAGCUGUUCUCCACCUCCAACGUGCCGCUCUACAAGAAGAUGUUCCAGGAGAUGUCGUUCCUGUCCUCCAGCGAGAGCAUGGAGAAGGUCCAGGAGGGAAGUUACGCCUACAUCUACUUCAAGAGCAACCUCAACAUCAUUGUCAAGACGGAGUACACUAAUGCCAACGGGGAGACGGACUUCCACGUAGCCACCGAGGAGUUCUUCCCUGGGGGUUAUGCCUGGGCGUUCCCCAAGGGUGUUCCCUACAGGAAAACAUUUGACGGGGUGAUGGCCUACUGCCUGCAGGCGGGACUCAUAGACAAGUGGGAGAGGGACCUGUACUCCAUCUACCUGAAGGAGGCACAGGACAAUAAGACGCCGCAGCAGAGGAAGAAAGAAAAGAUGGAGGCGGACUCGAAACGAAACGACGGACAGGUGGUACUAAACCUCAACCACCUGCAGGGGCCAUUCCUGAUCCUCCUCCUGGGCAGUGGGUCAGGCGUGCUGCUCCUUCUGCUGGAGUUCUUUGUCGCGCGGAUGUUGUUCGCGUUUCCAACGUCCUCUAGAGGAUUCUCUCCUUUCAGCCAAAAGACACUAAUGAAAAGCGACUCUCAGACACCCUCGGAAGGGAGAGUUGUGUCGAGAUUUGACGAGAAGGGAAACUACGUGAUCAGGGCGGUGCUAAAAGGUAAUUAAUCGCUAUGGAAACAAACAGCGGCAGAUCUGUUGGCCCUUGCGAGGCUGUCUGUGAUAAAUGACCUAAUAUAAUCUAAAAACUGACGUAGGAUUGUAAAAACAGGUGGUGAGUGAUGCUGCAUAUGUUAAUAGAUAAGGUAAUAGUCAUCGAAGUCACGCUACAAGGACCAAUAAGGUGCUUGAAUAGCUCCCUGGUAUUAUCACAGCAAGGUUAUAAUUAUAAUUAGCGAAUAUAUUUCCAGCUCAAGUGUAUCAUCAUUGUUACCACCACAUAAUUAAUCUUAUCCAAGCAAU